AGCCAGGACACAGCAAUCAGACCAUGGACAGCGGCGGCGUGCGGCCAUCGCUUCCGUCCGCGGCGGCGGCGGCGGGAGGAGCCUCCGGCCCGGACGAGCCUCGCGACGCGCGCGCGGUGCGGGAGCUCCUCCGGUCGAUGGGGCUCGGCGAGGGCGAGUACGAGCCGCGCGUAGUGCACCAGUUCCUGGACCUGGCCUACCGCUACGUCCGGGACGUGCUCGGCGACGCCCAGGUCUACGCCGACCACGCGGCCAAGCCCCAGCUCGACGCCGACGACGUUCGCCUCGCCAUCCAGGCCAAGGUCAACUUCUCCUUCUCCCAGCCGCCGCCCCGCGAGGUAUGAGCACGACCAAUCUCAGGAAAGAAGUCCACAUCACCCCCUGUGGUUUUAGAAACCGACUAACCCACCCCCCUAACUCUGAAACCAGUUAACUAAUCCCCUGAGAUAUCUAAUACCAGCCAAGGCACCCCCUAAUCCCAAUUAGAGUGGUAUCUGCCGGUGGUUUUGCUUACGUGGCUCUACAGGGUGGCCACGUCGGCUUGGUACUGUGGCGCAGGAGAUAUCAGCACGGGCCGGCGGCUGUUCCUAAUUCAUCCAAUCCCCAAUCCCCAAUCUGAUAGUUCAUCUCUUCCUCUUGCCUUGUUUGUCGCCAUGGCCGCCCGCUGAAACUAGUCGUCUUUUUGUUCUCUGGUUCCUCUCCUCCCCUGUUCGCCGCCAUGGCCGCCCCUCUCCUCCCCCGAUCCCUCAUUCUCCCAUGACCUGGAAGCUCCCUGAACAAGGACCACCCUCGCCAUGGAUCAAUGGAGCAGCGCAAUCUCAUCUUGGAGUUCUUGUUCGAUGUACAUCGUGAGUAUUAAUUGGGACAGUACAGAUGCAGGUAUAUUGAAUUUUAAGCUUUUUUGAAGGCAAUGCCCUGUUCUGCUUUCGUUGGGAUUUUUUUACAAGUAGAAUGCGUCGUUGGUUCAAUUUGUUCUCUGUAUUACAAGGGAGACAAGGACUAGGUGUUCCCCAUCGAUUUUGGCUACAAACUAUAAAGUGCAGGCAUCUAGGCAAGGAAUCCAGACUAGAGAUCAUCAGAGACGCAGGUCACACGUUGCAGUUGGAGAGGGCAAGAAGGUUAACAAUUUCACCAAGUUGUUCUCCUAGAUGAUCCAAAUAGACCUUGAUUGGCAGAGCCUGAAACUGAAACCUGCUCAAAGCAUCCAUAAUUGCAGGAAAACUAGACACAGAAUCAUCCAAGGGGCCCAAAUGGUGUAUAUUAUACUCUUUGUAGAGGCAUGUACUAAUGCUCUUAGAAGAGAGAAUUCAGUGAAGUUGAGAUUGAGAAUCAGUACUUGUAAAAAGUGUUAUCUUCUCUUGCUGGUGUUGUUGUCCCAGUUUAGUUGAGAAAAGAGAAUUCAGAUGAAGCAUUUUAUUUAGGGAAUGUACUUCUGAGUGUACAGACUGUUGCAUAUGCAUCAAUAUAUGUAAUAUGAAUGCAAUAUUUUCUUGUGACA